AUGAUACGGCGGACUUUUCCGCGUAUUCUCGGAUUGCCGAGUCGCACCUUUGCAAAUUCCGCCCGAAAAAUUAAGAUUGAUGAGGUGCUUCGCGUAGAUCAGGCGGGGGAAACGGCGGCGGUGCGAAUUUGUGGGUAUCAGCUUUUGUGGAUGUCUCCACUUGAUUCGGCAGUUCCCGUGGUUAAAGAAAUUUUAAAGGAUGAGCUUGUUCACGAGAAGACCAUGAAUGACCUUGCAAAGAAGCAUUCUGUGAGACUUACAGCCCUGGAUCCCGUGUUUCAUGUAGGCGGCUUUGCUAUGGCAACUUUGACUGCCCUGCUCGGCAAAGAGGCAAUGAUGUGUUGCCAUGCCGCGGUUGAAAUUACAAUUGUAAACCAUUAUAACGAUCAACUUCGUGAACUUGAGGAAUUGGAAAAUGGAGGGGUAAAUUUAAACGAUGAUGAUGCCAAGGCUUUGAAAGAGAUCAAAGAUAUAGUGGCUAAAUUUAGGGAUGAGGAGGAACAUCAUCAACGACUUGGCGAGACAAAUGGGGCUGCUCAGGCUUUUUGUUACCCUCUUUUAUACAAUGGAAUACGUUUAGCAUGUAGGAUGGGAGUGAAUUUUGCGAAAAAGGUGUAA